AUGCUACCAGAAUAUGAGGAUGGAAAUCAUUUUUUCAAAUUUGAAUAUGCUUUGCUAGAAAUGAAGAAGAAAGGAGAGGUGGAUAGUACAGGGGUAUAUCUCUCCGAAUCUACGAAGGUCGUAGCUAAAAACACUUUUUAUAACUAUCUGGUGUAUUCUAUCAUUCUAUCUAUCUAUCUAUCUAUCUAUCUAUCUAUCUAUCACAGUCGGUUCAUAUAUAGCUAUGUUAGUCUGUUUCUAUCUAUCUAUAGCAGUCGAUUCAUAUCUAUCUACCUUAGUCUGUUUCUAUCUAUCUGUCACAGUCGGUUCAUAUCUAUCUAUCUAUCUAUCACAGUCGGUUCAUAUAUAGCUACGUUAGUCUGUUUCUAUCUAUCUAUCUAUCUAUCGCAGUCGGUUCAUAUCUAUCUUAGUUUGUUUCUUUCUAUCUAUCUAUCUAUCUAUCUAUCUAUCUCAAUCGUUUCAUAUCUAUCUUAG